AUGACAGCGGAGGUCGAAGGGAGAGCCACGAAGAAGAGGCGCGUUGAUAUCGGAUCCAAGGUCAUCAAUCUGCCCCUGAAAGAUGAUCUGAAACAAGAACGGGUCAAAUACGAGCAAGCUGAGCCUUAUAAGCACGCCGUCUUGCAUGGCUUGAUCUCAGACGAGCUUCUGGAAGCUGUGGUCGAGGAAUCGAGAACUUAUGGAAAUCGAGGCGAGGAAGAUUCGUUACAAGGCUGGGGAUGGGAGCAGAAGGAGACUGAUAUUUACAAGAUCCAACAGACUCCAGAUUUGUCUUCAUUAGACCCUGAGCACUUGCCGCAAGAGACCCUCGACCGUCUACCGGAACUCACGCGGUUGAAGGACGCUCUAUACUCCCAAGAUUUCAGAAAUUUUGUCAGGGAGGUCACUGGAUGUGGACCUUUGUCAGGCAAGAAGACGGACGGAUCGGUCGGCUUGUAUACCAAAGGCUCUCAUUUGCUGCUACACGAUGAUUCCAUUUCCACCCGGCUGGUAUCAUACAUACUCUAUCUUCCCAACUCUCCCUCGUCUGCCCCCUCGUCAUCUGCCUGCACCCUGAGCUCCAGCGGCAAUUUCACGAAAGGCUGGGAUGCUUCUUGGGGAGGUUCACUCGAGCUCUAUCCGGUAGAGGAAUCGAAAGAAGUCGGUCCACCCGAAUCAACGCGAAGCAAGAAGAUCCCGGCGACUUGGGGCCAGCUGGUCCUGUUUGAGGUCCAGCCUGGAAGAAGCUAUCAUGCUGUGGAAGAGGUCAUUGUCGGCGAGGACAGGCAAAGACUGGGCGUCAGCGGAUGGUUCCAUCGUCCGAUAGAGGGCGAAGAGGGCUACGAACCAAUGGAUCAAGGCAAGCUCAAGGACGAUCUCAGCUCGCUUGCACAAAUCACCGCCGCACCCAGCAAGCCCUUCGUCCCCUUUACUGAAACACCUCCACCUGGCUUGAAGCCGUCCCAUAUCUCUUUCCUGAAAGAUUACCUAUCCCCUUCAUACCUCACAACACAAACGCUCGAGAAACUGUCUGGUCAAUUCGUGGAAGCAUCCGAAAUCGCACUUCACAACUUUCUCAAACCCGAAUUGGCCGCAACACUCAAGCAGGAGACGCAGGAGGCGGAUCGACGGGAUUAUUCUGACCCUUCGAGGAUAACGGAUCAACGUGCGGGCGAGGAUUCGCAAUGGGAGAUAUCGGGCCCCCCUUCAAAGCAUCGCUAUCUCAGUCUAUCGACUUCAGCGGAAUCGUCAUCCACGCCGACCAUGUCCAAGCUCUUAACUCAGCUCAUCCCAUCUGAGGCCUUCAGAGCUUGGUUGUCUGUUGUAUCGUCCUUGCUACCGGUUGGACAUCGUACGGAAGCCAGACGCUUCCGCAAGGGACUCGACUACACUUUGGCCAAUGGGGAAGAUAAGACCGGAGAAGCUCGUUUGGACGUGUGGCUGGGGGCCACUUGGUGGGCCGAUGUCCCCGUUGGCAGUGAUCAGGAGGAUGAUCUGGCUGAUCACGGUGGAUGGGAUUGUUAUCUGGCCAGUCCGGAGGAGGGUGAAGAUCCUGCGGUCUACCAGAGCAAAAUGGCACGACAGUCGAAUGGUCACGCACCAGAAUCAGAAUCAGCAGAGCCCGGUCCCUCGAGAUCCGACGGGUUCCAUCCGGCGAGUGAGGAUGCGAUAGAGGACUCGAGCAAUACUAUAGAGCUGGAAAUCGACCCGGCUCAGUCUGACCAGUUGUCCGAAGGCGACUUUGACUCUGAUUCGGAAGACGAAUUCGAUCCGGAUGCGCCGCUGCUCGUACAGCCAGUUUCGUUCAACAAGCUCCUCAUUGUCCUCAGGGAUCCAGGUGUCAUGCGAUUCGUCAAGUACCUCGGGAAUGCGGCAGAAGGCAGUCGAUGGGACGUCGGUGGAGAGUUCGAGGUGGGCGCGAUGGAGGAGGCGGACGAGGAGGAAGCAGCAGCAGUGGGGGUCAUGAGCGGAUAG